AUGGAUAAUCGGAAUUUUAUUGUUUCUAUGGUGUAUGCCAAGUGUAAUCAUGUAGAAAGAAGAGAACUCUGGAGAGUGCUACAAUUAGACGCGGUCCAAGAUGCACCUUGGUUAUGCCUAGGUGAUUUUAAUACUAUUCGAGGGGAGGAGGAACACUGUGGUGGUAGACCAAGACUGAGAGCUGCCAUUGAUGAGUUUAAUGAGUUUAUUGAUAAUUAUGGCUUCAUUGAAAUGAAAACUGUUGGAAGUAAAUUCUCUUGGUGUAAUGGUCAGAGGGGUUUAGCUUGGAGUUGGUCGAAAUUAGACAGAUGCUUAAUGAAUGUUGUGGCUGCGAAUGUUUUUCCUAAUGCUUGUUGUAAAUAUAUGGCUCGCUCAACUUCCGAUCAUACUCCUUUGUCUUUUGUUUUUAAGAAUUUGGGUACUCGUUAUGGGCCUUCCUCCUUUAAAUUUCAGCAAAUGUGGGUGUCUCAUAGCAAUUUUUUGAAUGUGGUUAAGGAAAAUUGGUCCGCAUCGGUUGAUACUAUGGGCUUAUCGCUAGAAACUCAACUUCAGGUGGGUUUUUCGGAUUUACUGGGGGCCAAGGAAGAUCUUGAGAUGUGGAUGCAAAGAGAAGAAACUAGGCUCUCACAACAUGUGAAGCUGAGGUGGAUGGAAAAAGGUGAGGCUUCAGCUAAGUUUUUUAAAACUUUUGGUUCUUUAAAAAAGCCCAUAGUGCAGGAAAUGAGGUGUCCUGAUGGGAUGUGUUUGGAUUCCCCGGAAGCUAUUCAUUCAGGGGCUGUGGAUUAUUUCAAUUUGUUUCUAAAGGCUCAGGUUCGUAGAGAGCUUCCUGAUUUAUCAUAUUUGGUACAAAAUUCCAUUCUUGAGGAGGAAAAUGAUAACCUCCUUCAGCUCCCUUCGAUCCAAGAGGUUAAAGAGGCUAUGUUUUCCAUUCCGGUUGACAGUAGUCCAGGCCCAGAUGGCUUUGGUUCUGGUUUCUAUAGAGCUUGCUGGGAUAUUGUUGAAGAUGAUGUAGUGGCAGCGGUUCGGGAUUUCUUCAUUGGCAAUUCAAUGCCGAGAUUCUAUUCAGCGUCUUAUAUUGCUCUCAUUCCGAAAAUGCAGAAGCCUACUGGUUUUGAUAAGUUCCGCCCUAUCAGUUUAUGUUCAGUGGUGUACAAAGUGUUUUCCAAAAUCCUGGUUCGCAGAUUAUCCCCUAUUCUGAAUUAA